GACUAUCUUUGACAGCUGAGCUCGUCCCUGCUCAGCCCGGCUGUAUCGAGCUGCACGUUUAAUUGCUGAAUUGCUUGUAAAACAAUCACUAUAUCGUUAUUAAAACUUAGAUAUAAUACCCUGAAAAUAUACUUCUAACCUCAUAAAGUAUUUGUCAAUUGUCGUAUUGAUGAAAGUUGAAAUGAUUUUCGGGAAGACGAUUACUCUGUACCUGAACGUUUUUAGUUACUGUCACACUUAAGAUUCUCCCAUUUGAAGCUAUGCAAACUGUAUCGGAGCUAUAAAAAAUUGGAAGAAUGGGGUCUGAGCAAAGUUCUCAAGGUGGAGUUCAGAGUUCCGAUGCUAGAUCCAGAGCGAUGCAACUACGUCGGGGUAAAAGUGUUCCCAGCCGUGAGUCGGUUCAAGAAGAUACUCCACCACGAUGCACCAGCCCAGGACCGAGUAUUUGUUCAGACUCGGAUUUGCCUUAUAUCUCUUACACGGUGAAUCGACCGAUUGGAGAUUCUCCAAAGAUGAACAAACCGUCGCAGUUGCAGCGUGGAAAGAGCUUAGGAGCGCAGGAGAUAUCGAGACGUAAAGCAAGCCUGGGUCAUCGUAAGCCUGAAAAGCCAGUGCAUAAUAUUGUCGUUGUAAAACCUGCUGUUUUGGAUCCUACAGCCGACAGGGAUCCAGAUUUAAUGAAGUUGCAGAGUAUACCGAUGUUCCUCCCAAUUAUGAGGGGAACGUUAAAUCUACCACCAGGAGUCCGAGACCCGGAAGUCUUAGAAAGGCUCGAUCCAAUUGGGUUAUUUAAUCUUUGCGCUCGUUAUCAACAUCACCUAAAUACGAAUGCACAAAUGGUGGCAAGUGAACAGUCUACCUUGUGCACCAAUGUUGAUGCCGAAGUAAACAAACUCCUGAGCCUAGCAAACGAUCGACUGAAACGGGUUGCCAGGUUUUCCGAGCAGCUUAACAAGGUUCACGAGCUUGGUAGACAACUUAGUAAGUGUCACAAACAACUUAAUCAGACUUUAGAAAGCCUAGAAAUGCUAAACAAUCUGUUACCAGUAGAGGAUAGGCUGGAACCUUUUGUUUGGACGACCGGAUGAAAUUAGCUAAUGAUA